AAGGGGGGCGUGUAGGCAACCGGGAUCAGCCAGGGGCCAGCAUGAGCCGGAGGGAGGGAAGUCUGGAAGAUCCACAGGCUGACUCCUCCAUCUCACCCCUUCCCCACUUGGAGGCCAAGAUCCGUCAGACACACAGCCUUGCCCGCCUCCUCACCAAAUAUGCUGAGCAGCUGCUCCAGGAAUAUGUGCAGUACCAGGGAGACCCCUUCGGGCUGCCCGGCUUCUCGCCCCCGCGACUGCCGGUGGCCGGCCUGAGCGCCCCGGCACCCGGCCACGCGGGCCUGCCCACCCCCGAGCGGCUGCGGCUGGACGCCGCGGCGCUCACCGCGCUGCCGCCGCUGCUCGAGGUGGUGCGGCGCCACCAGGCCGAACUGAACCCGCGCGCCCCGCGCCUGCUGCUGCGCCUGGAGGAGGCGGCGCGCCAGGCCCGGGCCCUGGCCGCCGGGGUGGAGGCCGUGCUGGCCGCGCUGGGCGCCGACGAGACCCGCGGGCCCCGGCCGGAGCCCGCCGUCGUUGCCACCAACGCCGCAGCUGCCGUCACCGACGCGGGCGUCUUCCCUGCCAAGGUGUUGGGGCUCCGCGUGUGCGGCCUCUACCGCGAGUGGGUGAGCCGAACCGAGGGCGACCUGGGCCAGCUGGUGCCCGGGGGCCCGGCCUGAGCGCGGGGCACGGGGCUGCAGCUCGCUGUCAUCCGCUCGUCGUGAGUCUCCGUCUCUCCAUCUCUCUGUCGGUUCCUGGGGAGCCCCGACUGUCUCCAUCUCUCUCUCUGUCUCUUUGCUUUAUGUGUUCUCCGUGUCUCUCUAUCGGACCUCCUGUGUUCCUGCCUCUUCCCGUGGCCAUCACUUUCUUGCUUUCCCCCUCUUCU